GGUGUAAGAAGUUUGCUGACGAAGAUGGCGACGGAGGCACUGAGUGAAGGGGAGGUGCCAGCCCGCGAAUCCGGCCGGAGUGAUGCCAUCUGCAGUUUUGUGAUCUGCAAUGACUCUUCCCUUCGAGGUCAGCCCAUUAUCUUUAAUCCUGACUUUUUUGUGGAGAAACUCCGACAUGAGAAACCUGAGGUGUUCACCGAGUUGGUGGUCAGCAAUAUCACAAGGCUCAUUGAUUUACCUGGAACGGAGUUGGCUCAGCUGAUGGGGGAAGUGGACCUUAAGUUGCCUGGCGGGGCCGGCCCAGCGUCAGGAUUCUUCCGGUCUCUCAUGUCUCUCAAGCGCAAGGAAAAAGGAGUGAUAUUUGGGUCCCCACUGACGGAGGAAGGCAUUGCCCAGAUAUACCAGUUGAUUGAAUAUCUACACAAAAACUUGCGAGUAGAGGGUUUGUUUAGAGUACCAGGUAAUAGUGUCCGACAGCAGAUUUUAAGGGAUGCUCUCAAUAAUGGAACUGACAUUGACUUGGAAUCAGGGGAGUUUCAUUCAAAUGAUGUUGCCACUUUGCUGAAGAUGUUUCUAGGAGAGUUGCCGGAGCCUCUGCUGACACAUAAACAUUUCAAUGCGCACCUCAAAAUUGCUGAUUUGAUGCAGUUUGAUGAUAAAGGAAACAAAACCAAUAUACCAGACAAGGACCGGCAAAUUGAGGCUCUCCAGUUACUCUUCCUCAUUCUCCCUCCUCCCAAUCGGAAUUUGCUGAAGUUAUUGCUUGAUCUCCUAUACCAGACAGCAAAGAAACAAGACAAGAAUAAGAUGUCAGCCUAUAACCUUGCCCUUAUGUUUGCACCCCAUGUCCUGUGGCCAAAAAAUGUCACUGCAAAUGACCUUCAGGAGAAUAUCACAAAGUUAAACAGUGGGAUGGCUUUUAUGAUUAAACACUCCCAGAAACUUUUUAAGGCUCCUGCUUACAUUCGGGAGUGUGCCAGAUUGCACUAUUUGGGAUCCAGAACUCAGGCAUCCAAGGACGACCUUGACCUGAUAGCUUCAUGUCAUACUAAGUCCUUUCAGCUGUCAAAGUCUCAGAAGCGGAACUGGAUAGAUUCCUGCCCUCACCAGGAGGAGACCCAGCAGCAUACGGAAGAGGCACUGAGAGAGCUGUUUCAACAUGUUCACAAUAUGCCAGAGUCAGCAAAGAAGAAACAACUUAUUAGACAGUUUAAUAAGCAAUCACUGACCCAGACACCAGGGCGAGAACCUUCUACUUACCAGGUACAAAAGAGGGCCCGUUCACGCUCCUUCAGUGGGCUUAUUAAGCGGAAGGUCCUGGGAAAUCAGAUGAUGUCAGAAAAGAAAAAGAAGAACCCCACUCCAGAAUCUGUAGCCCUUGGUGAAUUGAAGGGAGCCAGCAAAGAAAAUGUGAACUUAUUAUUUUCUGGCUCUCCAGCUGUCACGAUGACACCAACAAGAUUGAAGUGGUCUGAAGGAAAGAAAGAGGGGAAAAAAGGAUUCCUCUGAAGGAUCCAGAGUUCUCUCCUGUGGUCCACGCAGAAUUUUCUCUUUAGUGGGCCAGGUGUUAUUCCUGCCACAGCGAAGCUUGGACUUGCAGCUUGCUUGCUGCAUUUUGAAUUGUGAAAGCCAACUAAUACCAUGACCCGACUGAUACCUCUAAUCCCGCUCACUGGAUAACGUCUGCAAGCUGUGCCUUCUGAGAGAGUGCUUAGGUUCUCUUUCUCUUUGUUAAUAUUAUGGGGAAACCACUAACUAUCCAACCAGUUUAUACAGCACACUAAGGUGGGCUCCGUGCUCAUUCAGUGUGUUUAGGCAGAUUACGCGUUUGAAAAAAAUAGGAAAUGUGUGCUCAGCUGCCAGUAAUUUUUUAAAAAGCACCGUCAAUCCUAGUGGAUUGAUGUUAUUUUUAAUGGAUAUUUUGGGGUUGUCUCUGUUUUGACAGUGUUGGGUAUUUGCUUGUUUUUGUUUGUUUAUUUCUUUGUUUUAAAAGCCAUGUUUUUGGAUGGACUGCAAGCUAGGUGCCUUUCCCACUUUUUCACUUUGAGCUUUGGGAAAACUCUUUAUCUUAUGAGGCUAUAUUCCUCAAUACCUAAUUUGUGUCCAAAGAAUUUAUAGCUUUCCUGGACAUUUUUUAUUAUUUCUUGGGUCUGACAUCAAAGAGUAUUUGACCUGCAGUAUUGAAACAGGAGAAGUCAGGAUAAUAUAAUAUUCUAACAAAUAGUAAUUAUUAAACUCUUUUCCUUCCUUCCCUUCAUUUUCCCCUCCCUUGUCCAUCUCUCUUCCCAUUUCGCCAGUGAUGUGAAAAUAAUUGUGUUUUGCUGAACUUGUUACCUUCAUUCAGUUUCCUCUUAACUAAAACAUCUCCGAUGCCAACGUAAUACUUGUGAACCAAAUCACUGUGACUCAAGAAAAGUCCCUGACAGCACAUUAGAAGUUUGCUGAAAUAUCUGUAUGUGGGGGAAGCUCUGGAAUGUGCCUGGGAGGGGGCUGGCUGCCUUUAUGUCCCAGGAUGACUCUUUAUGGGUGGGGUUAUAGUGUACUCUCUCACAGUGCAGUCUAGACCGUCUCCUGAAAAAAGAAGCAAGCAGCAGCCUCUGCAGGGCUGACAGGAUUUAAAGGCGAGAAUGUUCUUAUUUGGAAGCAGCUGUGGCUUAUCAACAGUGUUCAAGGAGUGUUACUGCGCCGCCCUCUCCUUGUCAGAAGGGGCACAGGUGGGGCCAGAACUUUUGGCUUUUGGAUUUGGUGUGUUCACAUAUGUUGGAGGGAGCAGUGGCCUGGCUUUGACCUCGUAGGAACUGGUUUCUGCCCAGAGAGCAGCAUGUGGCAGAGAGAAUGCUGCCUGGCUCUGUGGAUCUGUACAACCCUUCUCACCCUGUGGGUUGGAGCCGAGUCAGGCCACUAUGGGGAAGCAGUUGUCCCACAAAAUGUGGUUUUCUGACCUAUUUCUAAGCUGUUGAAUGUGCUGCGCUAUUGCCGAAAUGAAAGACGACUUUGGGGGAGCAGUUUGGCCCUGUGCCCAGCUGGCAGCCCUCUCUGCCAGCCUUUCUGCUGCUUUUGCUGCUGUAACAGCAAUAGUGGAGAAAAAUGUAAAAUUUGGUCUUCCAACUUAAUAGAGUGUGAACAAUAGAUGGUUAGGAAAACAAAACUGCUUAAAAGCCCCUUUCUCUAGAGUAGCUUUAGGUCAUUUUUAAAAACACUUAUUAGCAAGUUCAUUUGCGUAGGUUUCUAUUAAAUAUUUGACUAUUUUUUUCUUAUUAAGAAAGUGAAAUCCCUUAUACCAGAUAUUGUUAAUUCAGACAGAAAACCUUUUUGGUAUCACCAAAUUGAAAUCGUGUUCUCUCUUAACUCUUCCUUCCUUUAUUUAUUUACUUGUGUUUCAUUCACCUUGAAGUGAUGCUGUGGUCUUUUAAACAUGGGCUGGCAUCAGGUAGAGGAGCAGAGUGGUUAUCUAAUAGCUCCUUGUCAUUGCAUUAGUUUUUGGUUCUAUUUGAGGGAAGUAGCUGAGAUUUAGACGGAUGUAGAUGCUCUUUGGGUGAAUGGAAUCAGUAAGCAAGGGUUGUGUUCUAGGGUGAGGGUGGUGAGAGAGAUGUUUAUCACUUGCACAUGCCUUUAUAUAACUGGUCUCCUUGGGCAGUUUAUGGGUGUUUUGUUUAUUUAUUGAAUAUGUUUUCCCUUGCCUUAGGGGUUUUAUAGGUCAUUUUUCUAAAUAAAAGCUGUGAUUGACUUAGAAUCCAAAUUUGAGGAGUAAGCAGCAUAGCCUUCUACCUUGUGAUAUGCAAUUACUCUAAUCCUGUGGAAUCUUAUGGAAAACGCAGACAAAACUCCUUUUAUCAUUUGCCACAGAAGGCUGCUGUCUCCCUUGUGAUUUGGUGGGCAGGUAUUUUUUUUCAGCCAGUAUUUAACAGAAUUUUUUCAUCUAUAAGAUUUUUUUUGAAUCUGUUUCAUUGUGUUUAUUUUUCACGUUGGAACAAUCUCUUUGGAAGUACCUCUUCUUGUGGCUUUUACAACUUCAUUUCUUUCUGGGGUCACCUGUGAUGGGCUUUGAUGUGGUGUCAGUAUGGGGCAUUGUGUUUGUGCCAGAGGGAUACACAUAUGAAAUUGUAGGCCGCCUCCCUGAUUCAGACUGCACUGUGUGAACUCCACUAGCUGAAUUAGUGAGAACUGGAGUUUCUCACCUUUUACAGUGAUAAACUUUUUGCAUUGGGACCAGUAAAUCUGGUGUGAAAAACUCUGCUGCAGCAGUGAAAGAGUUUCAGGAGAAGAGACGCACAAGCUUUUGACAGCAAUGGUGAUUAACUCAACUAAAACCCACUGUAGGAAGUUAGCUUUGUACCUGAGUGCCAAAAUAGGAGCAGGUAAUGAACUGUAAAAAAAGGAGCAAGUAAUGAAUUGUAAUCAUAACUACAGUUGAUCCUCCGCAAAGGAAAGCUCUUUACCUAGAAUGUCCUUCCAGAGUCAUUCAGGAAGGACAAGGGAACAUCCCUGGGAGAUGGGCUAGGGGAGGGCUGUUGACUGUAGUGACAUCUGGGUGCCUCGGAGGUAUCUGUUCUGUUGACCUGUAACGAAGCAGUUGAUCCUAGAUUGUCAGAGCAGAGCCAUUCUCUCUUCCUGAGUAGAAAUAUUUUUUUUCCGGCUUUCCCCACACGAGCCUAUGUUAGCAUGCGGUUGAAAAUACUGCCUUCUAGGAGAACCUGUGGUCAUUGGGACCAUGCGCCACAGUGACUGGCCAUGCAGCUGUGUGAUUUUUAGGAAUAGAUGCUCCAGACUCUGUCUCCUUUCCUACAAGGCCUCACAUAGAUGCUUGAGGCUAAUGGCCCCCAUUCGGAGGUCAUUUCUGUGUAGAACUCCUUUCCCCAGGAGAGAGCCUCAUCCCUGUCCUCCUUUACCCUGAAGCCUUCAAAUGGAAGAUAGGACCUAAGUCUAAACCUAGAUGCCAGCAUUUUGUGGGAUUGUCUAGAAUUUGGGGAAGAGUUGGGUUCCUAAGAUGGACAAGCUUUUGAUACCAGUGUUGAUUAAUGCACCUAAAACUAUGGAAGCUAGCUUCCAUAGACAGCUAAUGCUGAGAUCCUUCUACCGGCGUAGAGUUGACAGAAGCAGGCUAGCGAGGAGGAGUGGGACACAGCCUGAGUGCUUGGGUUACCAUGGAGACUGGAGUCUCCAUGGUAGUGUGUGAGGCCACAGCCUGUUCUAAAGAGCCAUGGAGCCCUCCCCUGGCCAUGUCUGGGGACAGACAGAGCCUGUUGGGGGAAAUAUUCCCUCACCCCAGGGUUCUUUCUGCAGAGCAAAGGUUGCCUUUGUCCCAUCCCUGAGCUUGCUAAACAAGAGAAACAAGGUUUCUUAACUGUUUGGUUUGAAUUUUUCAUUCUUACUUGACUAUAUGUAUGUAAUUGUAAAGAAACAAUCCUAUGCAUUAUCUUUCUUUUAUAUUCUUGUAAUAUUCUGAAAUUAAAAAAAAUUUUUUUUUUGGUUUCAUAU